UUGAACUUGUAAUUUACAGAGUGUGAACAAGAAAAAUUAAAACUGUUAAAACCUCGUCCAGAAUGCAAUUAAUUUAUUUGCUGGUUUUAAUUUCUGGCGCUAGAUGCUGCCAAAGCCGCUGGAACUCAAACAAAACGCCAGUUUUGGUAUUGAGACCCUCGACAGAAACGAACCUCAUUUGGUUCAAGCCAACCGACCAAAAACGCCAACAUUACAAAACCGAUUUAAAUAACUUACUCAAACGUUACAAUAACACUAAACAAUUUGAGAAUGUGGUUUCCUGUCUUCCACACCAAUCACCUCCACACAACAAAAUUUGUAAUUUUGACGUCAAUUCAAAUGUAAUGGCCCCCUGUCUACCAAAAUUUGGUUUUGGGUACGAUUUUGGCACACCUUGUGUCUUCCUAAAACUGAGUAAUGUUCCAAAAUGGAGACCUGUGCCUUACAACAGCUCGAACAUGCCGUCAGAAAUGCCAAAUUUUUUGAAAGACACCAUCACAAAACUGGAACCUCGAGGAAUGCACCAAAAUAUUUGGGUGAGUUGUGAUGGCGACACUGCAGCCGAUAAGGAACACAUCGGGGCUUUAAGAUAUCUGCCUUUUAAUGGCUUUCCAAGUCAAUAUUUUCCGUAUAAUGGCGAUAAGGAGUAUCUUGACCCUUUAGUGGCUCUUCAUUUCGAGCAACCCAUGCGUGGUGUUUUGAUUAAUGUGGAAUGUGCCGUAUGGGCGAGAAAUAUACCACGUGACAAGGAAAACAAACUGGGAAUUUUGCAGUUUUCGUUGAUGAUAGACUAAUAAUAAAUUAGUCUAAUUAUUUAAUUAAAAAUUUGACUGAAAAUUGGAUAAUUUGAACACUUUUGUUUGGAAAUAAAAUUUAAAUCAAACGAUAA